UAUGUUUUUUUUAUAAUUAUUUACAGAUUCCGAAGUGUGCGUUGAGCGUUGAUCUUGCACCCCGCAUCACGGUCGCGUGACGUCGCCGUGACGUGUCGUGACGUAUGGCAGAUAGGGCGAGCUACGCAUACGACCCGGUCGGGACCGGAGCAGUCAGUCACCAGCACAGGAUGGAGGCGGGACAGUUGUGGCGGCAGUAUGUCAUCGCCGGCAUCGCGAACAUUGCGAUCGCGUCCACUGGAUAUUCCAUGGGAUGGACGUCUCCAAUCAACAUAAAACUGCAAGACAAGAAUGCGACGGAUUCACCGCUAGAUGAAGGGCUCGCGCCGGAAGAGUUAGCGUGGGUCGGCUCAUUGUUACCCGUUGGUGCUAUAUUCGGUCCCUUCAUCGGUGGUCUAGCGGCAUCCAAGAUAGGUCGUAAAUGGGGUCUUAUGAGUUCCGCCAUCCCACUCUUCGUGGGCUGGAUUCUAGUCGCCGUGGCCAAGAAUGUGGGCUACCUGUACGCCGGCAGGAUAUUCUGGGGUAUCGCCGUGGGCAUGCUCUUCACUAUAUCGCCAAUGUACUGUGCUGAGAUCGCAACUAACGAAGUCCGCGGUGCACUUGGAUCGUUUCUACAAGCUUUCAUCACUCUCGGCUUCUUACUGGUGUACGGAAUAGGUCCCUUCGUCUCGUACAACGUAGUGGCGUACGUCGGCGUCGCGUUUGUAGCCGUGUUCAGUGUCACAUUCUACUUUAUGCCGGAAUCACCAAUGUACCAUCUUAUUAAAAGUGAUCGGGAAUCCGCUGCGGAAUGCUUGAUGACGAUACGCGGUAAAUCCCGCACUGGUGUUGAGACAGAACUAAACCAGAUUGCGGCGGACGUUAACGCUUCUUUGGAGAAAACAGCUACUUUGGCAGACGUGUUCCGCGGCAGUAACUUCAAGGCUUUCUACAUUUCGUGCGCGCUGGUCUUCUUCCAGCAGUUCAGUGGUAUUAACGCUGUUCUCUUCUACAUGAACACCAUCUUCAAGGCAGCGGGAUCAGAUUUAGAUCCUUCUAUUGCUACCAUCAUUAUUGGUGCUGUACAGGUUGUAGCGUCAAUGAUAACGCCUAUGGUUGUAGACAGACUUGGCAGAAGGAUUUUAUUGCUGGUCUCUACUUGCGGAACUGCAAUUGGAUUGGCUCUUCUAGGCAUGUACUUCUUGCUGAACUCACAAAACAGUCCAGUGGUGUCCAGCAUUGGGUUCCUCCCCAUCCUCUCUCUGGUGCUGUUCAUCGUGACGUACUGCUGGGGGCUGGGGCCGCUGCCGUGGGCGGUGAUGGGGGAACUCCUGCCUAUUGAGGUUAAAGCAGUCGCCUCACCGAUUGCUACUGCUUUCUGUUGGAUCAUGUCUUUCUUGGUUACUAGGUUCUUCGAGCCAAUCGCAGAAGCAGUAGGUAUGUAUGUCGCCUUCUGGAUCUUCGGUGUUUGCUGCGUGUGCGGCUUCUUCUUCACAUUGUUCGUGGUGCCCGAGACCAAGGGCAAAAGUCUCCAGGAGAUCCAAGAUAUAUUGGCUGGAGGGAAAUCAAAGCCUGAGAAGGCUUAAGCUUGAAUAAUCCGUGGAGUUUGGAAUAAUAAAGCGAAUUAUAGAUAAUUUAUUAGCGAAAUAUUAACACAUUUUUUCUAUAGUGGGUUUUGUGUGUGAUCAAAUAUAUUUAGAAUGCUUUAUUUUUAUAUAAGACUUACAAACAUAAUUAAGAGUUACCAAAAAAAAUUUUUAUAUAUUAACAGUAUUAAUUAUUUUGACAGUGCUAUAUUUAUUUAAGUCAAUAAAACGCAAACCGAUGUUUAACAUAGGUCUUUUUUUAGUCAAAUAUAUUUUGUAGUCAAUGUAGAAACUAAAACACGAUGUAA